CGCCGCACGCCGACCUCCAGCGGCAUUUUCUGCUGCUGUGGGGAACCGACCGUGGGGGGGAAAGGGGGAUGUUUCUCAAGGAAAGAUGAACAGCUCUGGGCUACGACGCGGGAGCGAGACAACACAGCCUGCCGCGGCCCUUGUGGGGAAGCAGCAAUAACCCUGACUUCUAGCCUUCCCCAGGACCUUCCAGAAAAGUUCCCGGGAAGUCUAGGGCCAGGUGGCGGCGGCGAGGACCCCACAGAGUUCCACUGGUGAGCUGGGGACGCAGGGUUCCGCGGAGAAACGGAGGCCCGCUGCCCGGCGUUGGGCUGUGAAACGCGGAGGACCGGGGCAGGGCUGAGCCCGCUCGGAACCAACACGGUGGAGACCGCAUGCCCCGAAGCUGCAUGUUGGAAUGGAUUUAGUCAUCAUAAUGGAAGCAGAAUAUCUGAAGUGUGUAACACCCAAGUACUGCACUGACUGCUAGUGCAGAUGGUUUUCUUUACCUAAGGAAAUUUGUGAUAUAUGUGAAAAGAUACCUUUUUUUCUAGACUCAUUGGUUAUAAAUAUGUUUCGUCUGAGAGCUGUUUGUCCAUUCUGGAGAGUGUUUCCAUUUCGACCCUUUAGCUGUGAACCGUUAAUUAUCCAAAUGAAUAAGUGCACCAAUGAAGAGCAAGUGUUUGAUCUCAUUGCAAGAAACAAAGCCGCACUUUCAGAAAAGCAAGUGGGAUGUGCAUUUAAUGCACUUUGGCAGCUUCAAAAGCAGAAGACUACAUUGUUAAAAGACAUUGAGGGUGUCAGAAACCAUCCCCACUUUCUUUCUCUUCAUAAUGUAACCAUAAGUAAAGUCAAAUUAAUGGAUGAUGAUACCCUGGUGAAUGUGUUAUACAUCACACAACAGUUUGCUGUGGAGGCCCAUGACCCACUAGUAGAAGCACUGGUGACAGAAGCAUGGAGAAGGCUGGAAAGGUUUCACUUUAAUGUAUUGUCUAAAUUUUCCACUUGCCUAGUGGAUCAGCAUUUGAAUUUAAGUCCAUUAAUGGGAGAAAUAGCUGAUAUUGUAAAUAGGAAUUUGGAAACCAUACAAGACUUAAGGUCUUUGUCUGUCUUGAUGGUCGGCAUAUCAUCUUUAAUAUCACAACAUUUUCAAGAACAAUUAGUGAAAAAAGCAGAACUGCUUUUUGACACCAUAAAUCUUUGUGACAUCAACAUUGCAAGAAGAAUAGUACAGUUUCUUCGAAAUGUGAAUUAUAGUUAUUACCCACUACUAGAAAGAUGUAAUAAAGUGUUUUUAAGCAACAUGAGCCACCUUGAUUUGGAUUCCAUCAGUAAAAUAUUUGGUCUUUACCAGUGUCUACAGUUUCAUAGUUUUGAAUUUAUUACAAUGGCUAAAGAAAGGCUAACUGAAAUGAUUCCUCUGUUUGAUCACCCUGCAAGCUUUGCCAAAUUGUUUGUAGCACUGGGACCCAUAGCAGGACCUAAAGAGAAGAAACAACUUGAGUCAACUAUAUUGUUGAUGUCAGAGGAGCUGACAAGCCAGCAAGUCCUGGCCGUGGUGGGAGCAAUGAAAGAAAUGGAAAGCAGGAAUUCACAUCUGAAUAAAAAAAUUGCUUCAAUUCUGCAUAAACAUUUGGAUAAAUACAAACCAAUAGAGUUAUUGAAGAUAACUCAAGCAUCAGUUUUUCUACAUUUUCGAAGUAAGGAGUUUUUUGUGAAACUCAGAGAAUUACUGCUUAGUUAUCUGAAAAUCAGUGUCCUGCCAAGUGAGAUUUCCAUCCUGGUCCACGCUAUUUGCAUGCUUCCUAAUCCUCAGCUAGAUGAAGCAGUGAUAGCCCGAGUUGAAGAAGUUUUGCCGUGCUGUGACCUCACUGAGCUCAAUGUUUUUGCCACAUCUGUUUUAAGAUGGAUUCAGUAUGAGCACGUGUAUUCAGAUGGUCUUCCUGGGAAACAGCUGAAACUGCUUCAAAAGUUAGAUCACUAUGGUUGCCAGAGACUACAACAAAGCAAUAGUCUGGAUCUGUUAUGGAAGGAACUGAAAAUUUUAAAAGGAGACUGGUUUUCUGAGUCACUUCUUGAAGACACAUUUGCAGCUUUACAGCGUUUGAUGAAUGAAAUUGAUGGCACAAAUGUUGCAGAAAUUGCAUCUUUCAUCUCUAGAACUAACUACCUCAGUGCUUUGCUGCUUGAUAGAAUAGCCUCCGUGGUUGUUCAGGAGAUUGAAAAGAUCCAUCCUUUUGCAAUCUUUGGUGUUAUUCUUCCAUUCAGCACCUUGAACUAUGAUCCACCUCAAAGGGAAGAAUUUUUUGGAACUUGCAUGCAACGCCUUAAUUCUUAUUUAGGUAUAUUGGAUCCUCUUGUGUUAGUGUUUCUUGGUUUCUCUUUGGCCACAGUUGAAUAUUUUCCAGAAGAUCUGCUAAAGGCAAUUUUUAACAUCAAAUUCUUAGCCAGGUUAGAUUCUCAACUUGAGAUUUUACCUUUAUCUCUGAGUGCAAGGAUCCAGUUUCGUCUUAUGGAGUUAAACAGAGCAGUCUGCUUGGAAUGCCCUGAGUUUCAGAUUCCGUGGUUUCAUGACCGUUUCUGCCAACAACACUACAAUAGAGAUAUUGGCAGUGUGGAUGGAGCACAACAACAGAUUUAUAAACUAUUAGCAGAGGUCCUGGGUGGGAUCAACUAUGUAAAAGCCUCAGCUCUUACUUCAUACUACUACACAGUAGAUUUUGAAUGUAUCUUGGAUAAAAGGAAAAAACCUCUUCCUUAUGGGAGCCAUAAUACAACUUUGGGAAAACUACCAGAAAUGUCCUGGGAAUCAAAUACCCAAAUAGUUGGAUCAAGGCUGCCACCAGGAGCUGAAAGGAUUGCUUUGGAAUUUUUGGAUUCAAAAGCUUUCUGUACAAACAUCCCUCACUUAAAAGGAAAAUCUGCUAUGAAAAAACGACACUUGGAAAUCUUGGGUUAUCGUGUAGUUCAGAUCCCUCAUUUUGAAUGGAACUCUAUGGCACUGUCAACCAAGGAUGCUCGGAUGGACUACCUGAGAGAACAUAUAUUUGGAGAAGGCAAAUCAUGACUGUAGUUUUAUUUAAGAUGAGUUAUCAUGGUGUGUCACAUCUGUAACUAUUUUAAUUAAGUUACCUGACUCAAUUAAAAAAAUCCUGA